AUGGUGGCAGGAAGUUUCAGUAUUGAAAUAGAGUCUCCAGUGGAGGCAAAAAGGCUGUGGAAAGCAACUGUGGACACCCACAACUUAUUGCCAAAGCAAGCACCAGCCCUCGUCUUGUUCAAGGUGAUGGAGGAGUUGGCACCAUUCGACACGUUAAGUUCACUCCAGAGACAUUGUUUGUUACUAAUAAUACGAUAUGAAAUUAAAAUUGUUAUUGCAGCCAACAAGGAUUUUAGCUAUAUGAAAGAGAAAGUGGACUUAGUUGAUGAGGCCAACUUGGUUUAUGGUUACAGCCCUGUGGAAGGAGGAAUGUUGGGGGAAAAGGUGGCAUCAGUAAGCCACAAGAUUAAAUACACCCUCAAACCAGAAGGUAAUGGUGGAUGCAUUACCACAUUUACCUGCGACUACGAUAACCUACCUGGUGUUCCCCAGGAUGAAGCCAAAAUUGAGGAGAUCAAGGCCAAGAACACUGGUUUGUUCAAGCAGGUGGAGGAAUAUCUUAUCGCCAAUCCCACUUUAUACUGCUAA